UUAGCAACAAAUCGACCUACCUUUAGCGACUUCCGCUGAAAAUUAGUUGGCAACACUGAUCUGAUGUUUAUUGAAGUCAACAGUCAGUGGAUGUGUGUGCGGUUCAGAAACAUUUACAGAGAAACAGAUUAAUCAUAAACUCUCCAUCAAUAUGAAGAAUCAUUAUUUAUCGUUCUUACUCUUAUUACUCGUGGAGGGUGUGUUCAGUGACGUGAUGAUGUCAGUGAUGGAGGGAGAUUCUGUCACUCUACAGAUUGAUGUUACUCAGAUUCAGGGAGCUGAGACACUGCUGUGGAUGUUUAAUGGUCAAAGUAAAUUCAUAGCAAAGAUUGACAGGGAAUAUAAUAAGAUUAUCACAGUACCCCCGAAAAAUGUUGAAAGAUUCAGGAACAGACUGCAGGUGGAUCAGAUCGGAUCUCUCACCAUCACAAACAUCAGAACCGAAGACUCUGGACUUUAUACACUAGGGAUCAAUAGCAGUGUUGGGAUUCCAUACAAGAACUUCAGAGUUACUGUCAAUCGUGUGUCUGAUGUUGAGACAAAGACUGUAAUAAAGGGAGAAUCUGUCACUCUACAGACUGAUCUUACUGGAUUACAGACGGUUGAUGAGCUGCAGUGGAGUUAUUUUACACCAGAAGAAACUCGUAUAGCACGAGUCACUAUAGAGACUGGAAACAAGAACAUUACAUUACCUAAUGUUUCUAAGAUAUUCAAUGACAGACUGAAUGUGGACAGUAAAACUGGAAAUCUCAUCAUCAGUGACGUCACAACUGAACAUUCUGGACUUUAUAAAUUAGAGAUCAACAGAUCACAAACCAAACCAAAGAUGUUCAGAGUUACUGUUAUUGAACGAUCUCCAGUUGUUCCAGAUCCGCGUCCGUCUCCAGGUGCUAUAGCAGGAAUAUGUACUGCUGUUGCUGUUCUGCUGCUCGUGGUGAUUGGGAUUUUUUGGUAUCGCCACAAGAUCAAGGCUUCUGCUGUUAAGAUGUACAAUCGCUGCUGUAAAAAUUUCCAUUUUCCAUUGCUGCAAGCUCUCUGAACUAAGAAAUCUAAAAGAUGGAGGUGCAGCAAUAGUACAACAAGACCAUCUGAAUUCAGAACACUAAACAGCCACAGUAUUUAAUCAAUGUAACGAUAUAAACACGAGCUGUGUUUGAAACUAACACUUCAGAUGAGAAACUUAACAAGACUGAAGAGCUUCACUUGAUUUGGAAUAAAUUAGAAAAGUUUGUGCUUUCAUUCAUUAUAAAGCUGCUAAAUGAUAAUUACAAAUAUAAUUAAUGCUAAAUAAAUAUGUAAUCAGAAUCAGCUUUAUUGCCAAGUAUGCUUACACGUACAAGGAAUUUGUAUAAGGGAUAGAUUUCAUAAAUAUCGGCCAGUGUUUAUUCCAGUGUAUUGUGAAAUGCUCGAAUCUCAAACCCAUUCCAGUUUUAUACAUUCAGUCAUUCUUUUACAUUGGUCAUUAUUUUGUACUUUGUGUCUCAUUUUUCUCCUAUAUCAUUUUAUUGUGUUUUUUACAUACAGUAUAUCACGCUUCAUAUAUAUUUUACAGCUUAAUACUUGCCUACCAAAAAAAGAUAAGUUUCCAAAUGACCAUUCCAUUGAAUACUUUUAGUCAUUGUUGCGUUUUCAUUUGUUUUGAAUCAUUUUUAUUUAGGUUUUAACAUAUAUCAUGCUUCAUAUAUUUUAAGCUUCGUGCUUGCCACUUGAAAAAAAGCUAACUUUACGUUUUUGCAGAUGACCAUCAUUCCAUUUCUUUUAGUCAUUAUUAUAUUUUUAUUUGUGGUUAUUUUCAACAUUGUGCCUAAUUUUAAUAUUGUGAGAUUUGAUUCUCUUUUUUAUUUUUCUAUAUUUGAUAGCAUAUAUUAUACUUAAUUUUUAGCCUCACAUGUGCCUGCUGAACAAGAAACAAUUGCAAAUAUGUGACCGUAUUUUCUGUUUUUAAAGUAAAUCUGCCAGUUGAAUCCGAUCGACAUGUGAAUUUGAUGUUUUACAGAGUUUUGAAAACCACCGUUUCAGUUCAGAAAAGCUCAAAUGAAUGUGCAGCUGUCAUGUGUAUUUCAUGAACUUUUAAAUGUAAGCUGAUAUCAGACUGAUACUGUUGUAUGUUCUCAGUCUGUCAGUAUGAUUGUUCACAUAAUCUAUGUGCAUGAAGUCUCUAGACCAGUUAAAGCUACACAUGUUCUGUAAGAUCUCACUGUCUCAUUAUUUCUGCUAUCUAGUGUAUUAAUGCUGCUUUGAUCUUGCUUUAUUAGAGAUAAUUAAUGUCAUUUAUUUGACUUUAUAGUAAAGGCUGUACUAAAAUGUAGUUUAGGGUUUGCUGAUUGUGCAUUAUACUAAAUAAAAAUGGAU